AUGCCGCUUCGGUUUCUCCCUCUGACCCGAGUUUUUGGGUCCGUACAUUCCGAUUCUGUACAUUCCGAUUCUUGCCUUCUGGUCGCAAUAUUCUGUUGUCAUAUACCUGUUCUUGUAGCGUUGGACGAGGACGGGAUUCAGUUGUCGUUUGUGGACGGGUUGGUGGUGAAGGAUUUGGUGGUACGUCCUGAGAGCAUUAACCGGCUGUUGGCGGAGAACGACACGGACUUACGUGUAGUGGGUGGCCAGAUAGGUUCGCUGAGCAUGUCGUACACCGCGAUGCCAGGCGUAGUGACGGUGCAAUUGCAGGACGUGGACAUCCGCGUGCAACCGAACGCGCUACGUACGAUUGGGCGUACACUAAAGAAUAAAAUAACCGAUCUUGUCACCGCUGUGCCUGAAGACCCACCCAUGCGCGACUAUCCCAUGCCCUUCGACCCUCGGUGCGCACACCUCGACCAGUAUCGCCGUGAACCAAUGAUGCCGCUACCCGUCUGUGGAGACGCGCGCUGCCGAAACCCCGUCUGCCAAAGACCCAUGUUCAUUCACCCCAACCACCACGCCGCUUACGCCUACGGCCCCCAUCCCCAAGGACCCAGUCCCAAUCUCCAUGGACCCAGUCCACAUCUCCAUGGACCCAGUCCCAAUCUCCAUGGAUCCAGUCCACAUCUCCAUGGACCCAGUCCCCAUCCCCAUGGAGCGCACGGCCCGGGUCCGCAUUGCCCGAACCCGGCCAUGGGGCUUGGCCCACACCGCUGCUUCCCGCAAGAGCCGUGCACCCACUACGGGGCCCUGCCCGGCCGACCUCGAAAAGCUUCGCCUGCGCUGUGCUGCAACGUAAACAGCGGCUACGAAGACCUGCACGAGGCGCCACCGCGCGCAGUCUUCUCUCCCCCGGCCCUCGCCUCCAGCCACGACCCGUACGGCCCUGGACCAAACCUCCGCGACCAUCGGGACCACCACCAGGACCGCCGGCGGGACCUGCGAUAUGCCGAGGACUCGUCCUUUGGCCGCGAACGGGAGGACUACCGGCAAGGCGGUCAUGGGUCGCGCAAACACCGCGUGCGGCACGGUCUCCAGCGCCGGGAACGCAGGUACACGCUCGAGCGUGAGCCGCUGAGGCCAGCCGUGACGCACCAAGUCGAUUACGUCCAGGUGGACGAUGCUCCCAAUCAGACACACAGUCGUAUAAUGUCCCAACCGCUGCGCUACAUGCCACCCUCGGCCAUCACCGCGGUGCCCGCCACCACAACCUCCGCUACCACGACGUCCCCAACAGCCGCCGGUCCGACCACCCCCGUCGCCCGGACCACUUCCUUCGGUCCAACGACCACAACAUUCGCUCCCGCAAGUCUCUCUAACUCUCAGCCCUCAACGCUGCUGUACGUGGAGCGACGUUCUCCCCGCUCCAUAGACCCCCAACCGCCCGUGCCGCCGCCUCCGGGGUCGCUGGUGCAAUAA